CCGAGACAGAGACUUUGCAGAACUGAAGAUGACUCAUCACUUUUGAAGGGUUAUACAGAAAACAAAGGCAUUCCUUUUUCUACUGUUUAUCGUGAAAUAUCCACCACGCAACAAGCAACUACAAAAGGCUCAAAGGAUGAUGAUGAACAGCCUCAGUUGGUCCCAAAUAUGGCUUCUACCUUAAACAGUGCCUUUGUGACAACCAAACAAUCUUUAGAAAAUGACCUAAUUACUGGAACCGGUUGUACUUCUAUCAAAUCCAGCUAUGAAAACAGUACAGCUCUAAACUCAAGUAUUGGGAUUAUUCAAGAUAAACAUGAG